UUGUUGACUUCUGUGGACAGGAAGACUAAAUUUUCAUUGAACUCAGUCUGCCUUCUCCGGCGUGUAAACCACCGCAUACAUUGCCAUGGCCAAAUAGCCAAGCUUGCUUUUCUUAAAUUGCAACUGUUAUCAUGCUGAUUCUCGAAAUACUGUCUGUAGUAUUGGGGACUGGCAUCACGUCGGCUUUUCUGCCUGACGUUGCUAAGAAACUUGUUCAAGUCGAUCGAAAGUUGAGAGCACGAGACCCGGAGAUCUAUCAAAAGCUCCAACAGCUGGAAAGAAGAUUGUUGAAGAUCCAAUCCCAUGUCGACGAUGCCGAAAACAAGGCUUCCAUCUCCAACGCGUACCAAAUCAUAAUCGAAGAUUUCAAGAAUGUUCUUCUGGAUGCAGAUGAUUUACUGGAUAAGACUCUUUUGGAGUAUGAGAGGAUAUGUUCUCAGCAAUUGAGGCCCGCCAAAUUGGAAAAGCAUUUGAAAACUUUUGAGGGAAAGCUCGGUAAAGAGAUAGGCGAGAUGGUGGAUACGGUGAAUGGUUUAGCAUUCGAAAUGGAGGGUUGCACUAUCUCAGAACUAAGCCAACCGACGCUUGCUCAAACAUUUUCUGCUCCUCCUCAUAUUAUCAGAGGUUCGUUGGUUGAUGAGCUCUCUGUAGUUGGAAGGGAAAAGGAUAAGCAGCAUAUCCUGGAGUUGGUGUACAAGCAGAACAAUACAGCUGUUUCUGUGAUUUCAAUAGUAGGUAUGAUUGGGAUUGGGAAGACAACACUUGCCCAGCUAGUCUUCAAUGAUCAAAAUGUGGUCAAGGAAUUCACGGCCAACAGAAUGUGGUGGGUGAGUGUUUCUUUCGGCGAUGAUGUGCUGAAGAUCACCAAAUCCAUAUGUGAGUCGACUGCGAAGACAGUUCCGGAUUCUAGUAUUGCACAGUUGUCAAGUCUGGACUCUGUUCAGCUCAAAUUAAAGGAGAUUGUAGGGGAAAAGGAGAAGUUUUUGCUCGUGCUAGAUGGCAUGUGCGAUGAGAAUCCCAUCAAUUGGGAUGCCUUGAAAUUGCCAUUUAGAUCUGCAGCACCCGGGAGCAUAAUUGUGGUAACUACUCGAAGCCAAGUUGUUUCAUCCAUUGUUGCUGAUCAUAGCAGUACAUAUUGCUUGGGUGUUUUGUCAGAUAAACAUUGUUUCGAAAUUAUCAAUACAGGCUUGAUAUCAAGUCUAAGUGAGAAGAGUGGCCUACAGAUAGCAGAGAAGUGUAAAGGUGUUCCAUUGGUGGCCAAAUUGAUUCCAAGUGUCAUGCGUCUCAAAUCAAAAGAGAUGGAGUGGGAUGAGAUCUUAAGAUGUGAGCUCUGGAACUUGGCAGAAGAUAACAAUAUGAUCUAUCCAGUGCUUAAACGUGGCUAUGAUCAGUUGCCAGCUUAUUUGAAAAGAUGUUUUGCUUAUUCUUCUCUUCUCCCUCGUAAUCGUCCCUUCCAAAGGGAUGAUCUGAUUCAACUGUGGGCAGCUGAAGGCUUUAUUCAAGCCCGAGGAACAAGAAGAAUUGAAGACAUUGGAAGAGAGUACUUCGAUGACUUGUGCUCAAGGUCCUUUUUUCAAGUUUCAUCCGAGAAUCCCAGCAAAGGAAAGUACGAAAUGCAUGGCUUCAUUCACGACUUGGCGAAAAUAGUUUCCACCAACUUAUGCUUUGCUUGUGAGGGUACUAGGCCAUAUGUCUUGCCCGUAUCUACAAAUGUCCGGCAUUCCUCGAUUUGUGAUGAAGAAGUUGAAUCAGGUAUGUUGGAAGAGUUUUACAGGUAUCGGAAGUUAAGGACUUUUAUGUUGCUCUCCAAGUCUCCAGACAAGCUUCAAAGUGUUCCUGAUGAUUUCUUUCGGAAGUUUCCUUGCUUAAGAGUGUUAAACUUGAGUGGUACUCGCAUCUCUAAAUUGUCCGGAGAUAUUAAAAUGCUGAGACACCUUCGUCACCUCAAUGUUAGCCGCACCUUGAUUAUAAAGUUCCCACAGGAUAUAGAUCAAUUACGUGGGCUAGAAAGACUCAAUGUAAAGAAUUGUUCCAAUCUUGAGGAGCUGCCUGAGAACUUAAACAAGUUGAUCAAGCUACGACAUAUUGACCUUGACAAACUCGGUAGAGUCAGUUCCAUGCCUGUUGAUGUUGGGAAGUUAACUAGUCUUGAGACCCUGGCUGUUUUUGUAGUGGGAAGUGAACGAGGUACAACAAUUGAGGAGCUGAAGGAGAUGACAUGCCUCCGUGGAUCCAUUUGCAUUCGAAAGCUUGAGAAGGUGAAAAAUGAUGAAGAAGCUAAGGCUGCUAAGUUACAAGAGAAGCAAUACUUGGAGGAAUUGGAGUUGCAUUGGGAACCAAAGAGAACUGGAACAGAUGAUCAAACAGUUCUUGAGGGCCUUGAACCUCAUCCUAGCUUGUUAAAGUUACAGGUAAUGGGAUACUGCGGUUCAAGAUUUCCAGAUUGGAUGAGUAACCCAUUGUUUAGCAAGCUUGUGACAAUUAAUCUAAGGAACUGCGGAUGUUGUAUACUCCUUCCUUCACUUGGUGGACUUCCUCUUAUCAAACAUCUUGUCAUUGAAGAAAUGAAAAGUUUGAAAAAGGUGGAUGAUCGAUUUUUUCAUUCAGAUGGUCGGCUUCGUCAAGUCGGUUUUCCAUCUUUGGAAACACUAAAAUUUGGCGAACUGCUUGCAUUGAAUACUUGGGAAGGACUGGAAGAAUCUGACAUGCCUCGCCUUAGAAAGCUUACCAUUAUAGCUUGCAAGGAAUUUCGCAAACUACCUCCAUUGUACAACCUAGCUGCGCUUAAGGAGUUAGAAGUCGAUGGUUGCCCUGAGCUUCGAUCAUUGGAGGGAGGACUACCGAAAUCACUCAAAAAGUUGAUCAUUUUGGAUAGUGACAAACUAAAGCAGCGGUACUGUACCACGAAUGUACGUGAUUGGAGCAAGAUCAGCCAUGUUCGCCACAUAGAGACUGAUGAUGGAAUAAUUCAAUCGUGAUGUUCAGGUUCUGAGAAACCACCGGAACAGGAAAUUUAUGGCAAUGUUUCACCAACGCUUGGUUUGGGAGAGCAUGAGGCUCAAGACGUUGCAAAAAGACGUUCAGAUGAACCGUUAUUCCCAGUUUACAAAUUGAUAGGUAAUAACCUCUUAAAAGGCUUUGAAGUUUGUCCAUGAUUGAUGAUGAUUGUACUUGGAGAGUUGGAGAAAGGUGUUUCGUUUUAUUCCUGAUAUUUUGUCUUAAAUUAAUAAGUCACGUAUUGUGAUGGAUAAUUUCUGUUAUGUCAUUUCUCUUUUGUGGUUGUAAUGUUUGUCAUAUUUCCGAGUUCCGACGAGUGUGGA